AUGAAACGGGUUCGCACUGAGCAGAUCCAGUAUGCCGUGGCUCAGUACCUGAAGAAGAGGCAGUAUGUGGACAGCGACGGCUCCCUGAAGGGAGCCAAGCUCUUCCAGUCAGCUGAGGAGAUGGCUGCCAGCCUAACAGUCCAAACGGAGUCCGGCUGCACCAACGUCAUCUCUGCUGCUCCCUGUCAGUUUGACCCACAACAGUAUGAGACCCAGUACUCCAAGCUGCGCUCCUUUCUCUCAGAACGCUGUUUGUCCUCAACAGAGGCAGAGAUCUCCUGGGCUCAGGAGGUGAGGGGCGUCCUCUACCCGCUGUUCGUCUACCUCCACCUGGACAUGGUGCACUGCGGCCUGAAGGGGGCGGUGGACGGCUUCUACGGCCGCUUCCACGACGCCUUCCUCCAGGACGGCGAGCAGCGCGCCGUGGUGGAGCAGCUGCGCCACGUCCUGACGGCGCAGGACGUGGCGUCCAGCGCCAAGCUGCGGCCCUUCCUGGAGCACAAGUACGUGGUGCACCUGACGGAGCCGGCCUACGGCUACCUGCUGCGCUACCUGCAGAGCGAGGACAACGGCGCCCUGUGGAGGUCACCGCCUCCAGGCGCACGGACUACCAGCUGUACGGGGGGGGCCGCGGGGGGGGGGGCCUCGGCGGACGGCGGGGAGGGCGGGGAAGGCGUGGAGGUCCCCGCCGGGAUCCCGCAGAGCGAGGCGGCCCUGGAGGCCCUGCAGGACUGCAUCAAGAAGGUCCGCGAGGGCCCGCCGUCGCUCACCACCAUCUGCCUGUACGCCUUCCACCACACGGAGCAGAUGCUCAACGCGGCCGAGGUGUCGGCCGACAGCCGGCUGCUGGCCGCCGGCUUCGACAGCUCCACGGUCAAGCUGUGGAGCCUCCGGGCCAGAAAGCUGAAGGCCAGGCCCCAUCAGGCUGACGUGUCCCGCAUCCACCUGGCAUGCGACGUUCUGGAGGAGGAAGCCGACGAGGAGGACGCCUCGGGCAGCGAGAUCAAGACGCUGCAGGGCCACAGCGGCCCCGUCUACCGCACCGCCUUCCUGACCGACAGCUCGGGCCUGCUGUCCUGCUCGGAGGACAGCACGGUCCGCUACUGGGACCUGGGCAGCUUCACCAACACGGUGCUCUACCGGGGCCACGCCUACCCGGUGUGGGACCUGGACGUCAGCCCGUGCAGCCUCUACUUCGCCAGCGGCUCGCACGACCGCACGGCCCGCCUCUGGACCUUCUCGCGCACGCACCCCCUGCGGCUGUACGCCGGCCACCUGUCCGACGUGGACUGCGUCAAGUUCCACCCCAACACCAACUACCUGGCCACGGGCUCGGCCGACAAGACGGUGCGGCUGUGGAGCACCCAGCAGGGGGCGUCGGUGCGCCUCUUCACGGGCCACCGGGGGCCCGUCCUGGCGCUGGCCUUCUCCCCCAACGGCAAGUACCUGGUGUCGGCGGGCGAGGACCAGCGCGUGAAGCUGUGGGACCUGGCCUCGGGGACCCUGUUCAAGGACCUGCGCGGCCACUCGGACAGCGUCACCAGCCUGUCCUUCAGCCCGGACAGCAGCCUGGUGGCGUCGGCCUCCAUGGACAACUCGGUGAGGGUGUGGGACAUCCGCGGGUCGCACGGCGGCGCCGGCGGCGGCGGGGGGGGGCGCGGGGGGCGUAGGCGGAGCGGCGCCGGCCGACGGAUCGUCCGGCGAGCUGGUGGGGCUGUACACGGGGAGCACCAGCAGCGUGCUCAACGUCCAGUUCAUGGCCUGCAACCUGCUGCUGGUGACGGGGACCGCGCAGGAAAAGGCCGAGCCCUAGCCCUCGCCCCCAACCCCCCCCCCCACCCCCCACCGCCUCCAUCCAACAACAGCCAAGGGGUCAUUUUAAUGGUUUCCUUCACCCGUCAACGGCCACCACAGCCAGACCCCAAGUCCUCAUUAGUUUACAGCAUAGGGGGAAAGUAG